GGUCUACUAGAUUAAUAAAUUGUUCGGGUAUGUAACUUUGUUUCUAUUAUAUCUUUUGUUCUAAAUGCUGUUUUUUUUUUCAACAUUUAUAUUCUUUUCCUGAUGACUUCUAAAGAAAUAACUUUUACUACAUUUGAUUUCAAGAUAGAUAUGGAAAAUACCAACGUCCAUAAUUGUUAUGUAUAAAUUAAUAUUCCUAUUUUGUUCAUGAUUGAUUUUUUUUUUUGUUUUAUGAUAUAGGCAUUCUUUCUGAGUUAAAUGUAUUAUGAUUUCAAUUUUUAUAAUGAUGAUCAUUCAAUCUUGUCUUAGUCUGUUAAUGAAAGAUAGUAAGUAAUUAAGGUAUCAUUACUAAGGUAAGAAGUGAAUGGGUAAAGUUGAACUUCUAAAUCAAAGUCAUAUGCAUCUUCAAAAACUCAAUAUUACACAAAGUUAAUGUUGUUCUAUAUUAAAAAAUAAAUCAUGCAUCUCUAUUAAAUGAUAAAAUGUAAGAACAUAAGACAACAUCUAGGAAUUGUUUGUAGAAUUACUCAGAAAAUUAUCUCUCUCAUGUUUAUUUUUUUUUGUUUUUGGAGAAUUGUUUUAGUGACUUUUAGAGAAUUAUUUUAAAUGUCUACAGUGCAGCAUAUUCUUGUUUUUCUUAGCAUUAUCAUGAGUUUGCUUGGAACAUGUCUUUGAGGUCAUACUUUGAUGCAUAUUCAUCAAAGAGCUAUAAUGGAGUUGGGUUGAGUUGAGCUGAAAACUUACUUGUCAUCCAGCUUCACAUGUUCUUUGCGAGAGGAAGUUGGGCUCUCAACUGACGCACAUUGUGCGCUUGUAUACCAGACCAUGACACGCGGAUGAAUGCUUUCAGAGACAAGUCUGAGGAGCUGUAACCAUCCACCAAACCCUUCCAAAGCCUCCAAAACAGAGAGCUGUCUUUUUGAGCUUAUAAAUAUCACACGCACCCUCUCCCAGCACUUCACACAGUGCACCGAGCCAUGACAACUCUCAUUCUUCUCUCCCUCGCUCUGUGCCUCGUUCUCCCUCACGCCUCCCUCGCGCAGCAGGGCUUAGGCGAGCCGUGGGUGGCCCAGCGCCGCCUCGGCUACCGGAGCCAAUGCCAGCUCGAGCGCCUCACCGCCCUUGAGCCCACUCGCCGCGUGCCGUCCGAGGCUGGCUUCACCGAGUACUUCGACCAGUACAACGAGCAGUUCCAAUGCGCCGGGGUGGCGGCGCAACGUCGGACCAUCCAACCCAAGGGCCUCCUGUUGCCUUCUUUCUCCAACGCCCCUACCUUGACCUACAUUGUCCAAGGAAGGGGCAUCACGGGCACGGUGAUCCCUGGUUGUCCGGAGACAUUCCAAUCUCCGCAACAAGGCUUCGAGCAACAACUGGAAGAGGAAGUUGCAGGCCAAAGCCAACAGUUCCGAGACGAGCACCAAAGGAUACAAUUCUUCCGUGAAGGUGAUGUCAUUGCAUUGCCUGCCGGUGUCGCACACUGGUGCUACAACAACGGUGAAGUCCCGGUUGUAACCAUUACUGUGUCUGACCCCAGCAGCAAUGCCAACCAACUCGAUCGCCAACAUCGGGAGUUUUUGUUGGCGGGUAGAGAGAAGCGAUCGCAGGAAGAAAGUGCAGAAACAGAAGAGAGAUUCCGACAACAUAUGGGGAAGAACCUCCUAAGCGGCUUUGAGCUUGAACUUCUUGCCGAAGCUCUUGGAGUCGAUAAGCAAGUGGUACGAAGAGUUCAAAGCCAAAAUGAUAACAGAGGUGAAAUCGUUCGUGUGGAGAGAGGGCUUCAGGUGCUGCAACCAUCACGAAGGAGUACUGAACAAGAAGCACAGGAGCAAGAGAGGGAGGAAAGAGAACAAGCUCAAGAGUCGAGGGAAUGCCCGUACCAAUCCAAUGGAUUGGAGGAGGCUUACUGUACUUUGAAGAACAAGCAAAACAUUGGUAAUCCAGUAAGGGCUGACUUCUACAAUCCACGAGCUGGAAGACUGACCACUCUCAAUAGUCAGAAACUCCCUAUCCUCCGGUUCAUCCAAUUGAGCGCCGAAAAAGGAGUUCUCCGACGGAACGCCAUCAUCGCGCCUCAUUGGCGCAUCAAUGCUCAUAGCGUCAUCUAUGCGUUGACAGGAAGCUGCCGCAUGCAAGUCGUGGGUCACCGAGGUCGAACUGUGUUUGACGGCGAGCUCCGCCAAGGGCAGCUGGUGGUGGUUCCUCAGCACCAUGUGGUGAUCAAGAAAGCUCAAAGCGAGCAGUUCGAGUGGAUCACGUUCAAUACUCACGAAAACGCUAUAGCGAACCACGUCGUGGGGAAGACGUCGUCUCUCCGUGGAUUACCGGUAGAGGUGCUCAUGAACUCGUAUAACAUCUCGAGGGAGGAAGCCAGGAGGCUCAAAUUCAAUAGGGGGAAUGAGAUGUUCAUCUUUAGCCCGAGGUUCGAGAGAGAGCAGCAGAGUAAUAAUGUGCUCAAAACUGUCACAGAAAACUAAAAGGGAGAGCGACCAGUCUAUUUUCUACUUCCUGCUCAAAUAAAUAAAUAAAGUCCAGUAACCUUCGUAUCA